AACAACAGGGUCCCAAGGUUGUAAAGACCACGUACGUGUUGAGGAAAAACCUCCCCACCCCUUGGCACAGGGCUGAGCAAGCACACCGACACCCCCUCCCCAAAAAGGACUCGGCAACGAGCGAAUUAAAAACGAUGCAGGGCAAUAUAGCACAAGCACUCCCGCCCUGGCAAGUGACGCGCGCUGUCCUUGGCUGGUUGGAAGAAGACGUACCUAGCAUGGAUAUCGGUGGCUUUGUUGUGGGUGAUGGUCAUGCUCAAGGACAAUCACGUGUGGAGCACGGGGAGCAUCACCAAGGCCGUGAAAGCGGCGCGAGGGGUGGGUUCCUUUUCCAUCAAAAUAGAGGUCGAGUGCCAGACCUUGUCGCAAGCGCAGGAAGCGGGGGCCGCAGGGGCGGACGUGAUCAUGCUUGACAAUUUUGCCCCUCCUCAACUGAAAGAAACGGCUGCGCUCGUGAAAAGCCAGUACCCGCACGUAGUGAUAGAAGCCUCGGGAGGGAUCACCACCGAGACCCUGGAGGAAUAUUUUUCCCCUCAUGUGGAUGUGAUCAGUCGCGGGAGCUUGACCCAGGGCUAUCCGGCUUUGGAUUUCUCCUUGAAAAUUGUGCCGCUGGGUACGCGAUGA